AAGUCGGAUGAGGAAGUGAGGCUUCAGGAUACAACACUUGUUCUGUAUUUAUUUGGCCGUGAUGGAAAAGAAUCACGGAGUUUUGACGAAUUCGAAAGAUUUCGCGAAAAUCUGCAACGAGAAAUAGCGGAAUUGGAAUUCUAUGAAUUUUCCCACGGACGUAAUGAAAUUUCCCCGCUCGAUUUUACUCGGCUGGUGCUUCGCUAUACGACGAUUCGGAAAAAUGAAUACGACAAAUACAUAAAGCGUGUUAGCGAAAGGUCCGCUCCAGAUGACCAG